AAGCGCCCGCCGCCAACGGGCUGGGCGGCGACCCGCGGCCGGCGGUUGGCGGCCCGGCCCGGCCGCCGCGGCCGGCUCCUCCUCCACGGAGAGAGAGGCAGCGCGGCGGCUGCGGGCCGGCGGAGCGGGAUCAUGGCGCCGCUGCGGGACUGCAAGGCCUGGCAGGAUGCUGGACUUAUCUUGUCCACUACUAGCAAUGAAGCCUGUAAACUAUUUGAUGCUGCCUUGACCCAGUAUGCAACCUGGACCAAUAAUGAGAGUCUCGGAGGUAUUGAGGGAUGUCUCUCCAAGUUAAAAGCAGCAGAUCCAAAUUUUACAAUGGGACAUGUCAUCGCUAAUGGUUUGGAGCUGAUUGGCACUGGAAGUUCGGUGCGACUCAACAAAGAGCUGGACAGUGCAAUGAAAACAAUGAUGACACUCUCAAAAUCACAGCCACUGACUGAGCGGGAGAAGCUUCAUGUAUCAGCACUGGACAUGUUUGCCCGUGGCCAUCUUCCAAAAGCUUGUGACCUAUGGGAGCAGAUUCUACAGAGCCACCCAACUGACCUGCUAGCCCUCAGAUUUUCCCAGGACACUUAUUUCUACCUUGGAUAUCAUAUACAGAUGCGCGAUUCUGUUGCCCGGGUUUAUCCUUUCUGGACACCUGAUGUUCCUCUCAGCAGCUAUGUGAAGGGCUACUACUCUUUUGGACUGAUGGAGACAAACUUUUUUGAUCAUGCUGAAGAGCUUGCCUGUGAGGCCUUGGCUGUGAAUAAGACAGAUGCAUGGUCUAUUCAUACAAUAGCUCACAUAAAUGAAAUGAAAGCAGAGGUGGAGAAAGGAUUAGCAUUUAUGAAAGAAACGGAAACCAACUGGAAGAACAGUGAUAUGCUUGCUUGCCAUAAUUACUGGCACUGGGCUUUAUAUUUUAUCGAAAAGGGUGAAUAUGAGGCUGCUUUGACAAUUUAUGACAAUCAUAUUGCUCCCCGAUGUCUGUCAAGUGGAAGCAUGCUGGAUGUUGUAGAUAAUUGUUCUAUGCUAUACCGACUUUAUUUGGAAGAUGUAAAGCUUGGAAACAGGUGGGACAAUGUUCUCAAGCUUACAAAGAAGCACACCAAAGAUCACACUCUGCUGUUUAAUGAUGUACACAUCUUGAUGUCCUCCCUUGGAGCCAAAGACCAAAAAACUACUGAUGAGCUUUUAACAACUCUUCAGGAACUUGCCAAAACACAUUCUGAAGAACAUGAGCUUUCCCUGGCUCCAAGUUUGGGGUUGCCACUCUGCCAGGCUUUUGUAGAGUUUGAAAAUGGAAAUUAUGACAAAGCUGUAGACCUGCUGUACCCAAUCCGCUACCAGCUAAUCCAAAUAGGAGGCAGUAAUGCUCAGAGAGAUGUUUUCAGCCAGUUAUUGAUCCAUGCUGCUUUAAAUUGUAAAUCUCAAGUGAAACAAAACCUUGCUAAAUGCCUCCUGAGAGAACGUGAUAUGAUGAGACCAAACUCACCAAUGACAGAGCGACUUAUUAGGAAGGCAGCAGCUGUUCAUUCAAUGGCCUAGAUUGUUCCCAUGUGCUUCAGAUGAAGUGGCAAUGAGCUUUUACCAAUCAACAUUUGGGUGGGGGGACAUGCUACACUAUAAAUCAUGCUAGCACUUAAUGAUAGGUAAGAGCAUCAUAGGAAUUGGAGACCUAAUAAUGUGGGUUUUUUCUUUUUUUUUUCCCCCUCUCCUUCCUUCUUUUUUUCUUUUUAAAGGAACAAAGCUGUUGAGUUUCAGGAGGUCAUAACUUAGCCUACUUCACAAGGGAGUAAGCUCACCUGCUAAUAAUGCACAGCUUUCUGAAGCAUCCUGGGAUACUGCUUUUCUGGUACUUUUUCUUGAAAACUCCCUUGUAACCUGAUUAUGAAGAUGCAUGUAGGAAAUAUGGUAACAGUGGAUUGCCAGAAACAGUACUAUGACAGUGCCUGGAUUUCAGUCAGUUAUUGGCCCAGUUUGCUACUUUGUUAAUUAAUGUAUUAAAUAAUCAGUAAACUGGUCAUAUAAUUCAAAUAGGCUUUUUAAGCAUAGCUAAUAGAAGGUAAGGAGCCAAAGCCAAUACAAACAUAAACUGAAUUCCAUGCAAAGCUUCCAGUCUGCCUGGCCAUUGGUCACAGACCCUAGCGUUAUAGGUCUGUCUGCAUUCAGGAUCUCUUUCCAGGUGCAUAUUUUCUAAGCUCCCUCUCAUAAAAUGUUAGGCUUUUUUCCCUUAAACAAAGGGCCUCAGAGCUUUCUGAAACUACUAUGUGAAUGAAACCAGACAUGAGGGACAAUGGCUGGCUGCUGCUGGGGAAUAUUUUAAUGGGGGUACUCCUUUAGCAUUUCUGCAUCUUUCAGAAAAAGAGAAAAAGGCUGGAUUUUUCUCCUUAAGCCCUGGUAUUUCUGAAUGGUAGUUUGGACUGGUGUUUUUGUGCUUAUCUCAGCUUUUGGAAAGAUGGGUCUUUCUGUGAUCCCAACAGCACCAAGUCACUACAUGUUAGCAAAGUAUACUUUAAAAUCAAUGUCACAGCAUGCACUUUAUAGAACACUGAGACAUCUCAGUAUGGGUGAAGACUGGAAGGGAGCUCCCAUGAAGAGAGAGCGAGCUAACGAGAACUGCCACAAAGCUUUCUCCUCACUUAAGUGGGGUGACAACAAGCUCCGGUGCUGCAAAUGGGGAAGGAUAUGAGCCAUAUACCUUUAUGGAGUUCUGAUGCCUCUGGAUUCCUGCAGUACACCAAAGGUGACAGAUUAUCUUGCAAUAGCAAUCCAAAAUCCGUAAUGAAGGGAAAGAAGAUAGCAUUUCAAACCAAAACUAGACUCAUCUUGUUUCUGAAUGGAAAUAGGACUGUCUUCAGGUGCCUGAGCUCUGGCUUCCAUAUCACAUCUGCAAGCUCUCCUGCACAGAUGUGCCACCCCUUCCUUCCUGUCCAAGUCAGGCUCUUCCCUGGGUCCUGCAGCAGCCCCCUCUCACAUAUGGCUUCUUCUGACUUUACCACUUACAUCACUCGCACUGCACUGCACCUGGAGUUCCUGCAUAGAGGCUUAAGACCUGAAAGUGUCUUGCUGCCACCCUUCUGCCCCAGCCUUCUUUUGAGAAAAGAACAGUCAGCUUAUUUUUAAGCCAAGGAUAAUGUGUGAAACCAGACAAGGGUACUUCAGUCCUUGCCUGUAGCCUUUUGAAUCCUGCAGGCAGUCAUAGUUCUCUGUUCUUCAGGUACAUCACUGUUUUGUCUGUCUAUCUGGCCAUGGCCAUGCUUUGGCUCACUCUGUGCUACACUUACAGUAGCCUUUUUACUAUUGAUUUUUAAUCAGUGCAUUUAUAACAUUGAUUUUGGACAAAUAACUUUUUACUCAAAGAUUGUAACAAAUCUCCUAGGGAACAAAAGCCAGAGAACACUGCUGGCUAAGUGAUCCAUUGCUAAACAAAUGUAACAGUGACACUUGUAGUGCUUUUGAUAUAAUGUGUUUUAAAACUUUGCCUGCUUUACAUCAAUAAAUUCAGAUAUGCUUAAUUCA